GUUUUCGUCAUUCAGCUUUGGGAACUCGCACGGUAUACAUGUUAUUUUUUCGGCUGGGGUUUACACAAUGGACGACAUGGAGCGAGCCACGUGUUCGGAAGACAUAAAUAACAAUUUAAAGGAAAUUCUGUUUGAAUUAAAGAAACAGCAAGUUGAUAUAACUUCUUUGAAACAGCAAGUUAGUUUACCAGUGUCGUCUAAACAAGACCAUAAUGACAUUAAAUGGAAAUAUGAAGGAAACAAACAGCAAUAUGAUUUCAAUUGUGAUGUCCAUGAAGGAAUCAAGCAAUGCAUGUGGGCAAUUGAAAACCAGAAAAGCGACUACGCAAAGGAAGUUUUAUCGGAGGUUGCCAAGAAAAUUCACACGAGAAAUAAACACAUAAGGAUAGCGGAAACGUCAGAAGGCGGGUGGGAAACUGUCAAACAGUAUGAACAGAACCCCCUCGCGAGUGACUCUGAUGACAAGUCGAGAAUCAAUAGGGCGGAUUCUAAAGCUCUAAAGAAAAAGAAGGUUAAGCAGGCGAAGUUAAAGAAAAAGCCAGCCGUCCUGUAUGGACACUCGGACGCACUCCGUCAGUUGCUUGAGGGACAGGCAGGAACACGUCCGGCGCCGUACCCGUUACCACAGAGGCCCACACCACCGUCGAUUGGUUCUUUUCGUGGCUACUCUGGAUGGGGUCCCCAGCUCGGGCCAUGCUUCGCGUGUGGACAGGUCGGUCACAUCCGGCGGACGUGCCCCACCACCAGAGGGCAGCAAGCGAGCGCUCAGGCCAGGAAGUACUGAUGCCACUGAGGCGAGCCCACCCGUGACCGAAAGUGCUGUAUUUAAAGAUGAGUAUUACAUUCAUGAACAAAAUGACAGAUUUACUAAUGAUUAUUUUAUUUACGAGCAAGGUCAGAAAGACAUUAUUGUUAAAAAUAGAUUGAAAGAACAUAUCCAAUUUUGGAAAAACAUUGGCGCCAAUCAAUUUAUUAUUGAUUCUAUAGAACACGGUUAUAAGAUUCCAUUUUAUUCUUUACCCGAAAGCGUAUUGCUUAAAAACAAUAAAUCAGCACGUGAUAAUAGGGAGUUUGUAAGGAAAGCAAUUACAGAUUUGUUAGAUCGGGAUUUGGUAGAAAAAACAGAUGCCCCUCCUCGUGUUGUUAAUCCAAUGUCUGUAUCCAUUCAAAGUAAUGGUAAAAAGCGUCUCAUUUUGGAUCUGAGAUGGGUAAAUAAACACGUAUGAAAACAAUCGGUUAAAUAUGAGGAUUUGAGAUUAGGUUUGAUGUUUGUUAAAGAAGGGGGAUUUAUGAUAAAGUUUGAUAUACAUUCUGCUUACCAUUUUGUGGAUAUAUAUCCUGAACAUACAACUUACCUUGGGUUUUCGUUUGAAGAUGAUCAUGGUGUAGUUAGUUACUUUAGGUUCAAGGUUCUUGCAUUCGGGUUGGGUGUAGCACCUUAUUUUUUCACUAAGCUUACAAGGCCACUUAUAGCACAGUGGAGGGGCGAAGGUAAACGAGUUAUUAUGUUCUUGGAUGAUGGUUUUGGUACACAUGAUAAUUAUGAGCAGACGAAAAAGCUUGCGUCUGAUAUAAAGCAAGAUUUGCUUCUCUCUGGGUUUAUCCCUAAUGUAGAUAAAUGUAUCUGGGAACCAGUACAGGAAAUGGAGUGGCUGGGUGUUAAUAUUAAUAUGAGAGAGUUUUCAAUAAGAAUUCCUGAAAGAAGAAUUAGCAAGGCUAUGAAUACCAUCAAGAGUUUAUUGGGCUCUGUAUAUUUGCCAGUAAGAAAGGUAGCUAGUUUUAUUGGUCAAAUUAUUUCUAUGAGUAUUGUAAUUGGCCCUGUAGCUCAAAUAAUGACUAGAUAUUUGAGUAUCGAUGUUGCGAAAGAGUGCACGUGGAAUGCGUACGUUAAGUUGUCAAUUGAUAGUGUAGAGCAAUUGGCAUUUUGGAGAGAAACGCUCAAUUUGCUUAACAAAAGAUCGCUUGUUGCUACUGGCGCGUGCUCAAAAGUAGUAUACAGUGAUGCAUCUGCUGUGUCUUAUGCCGGAUAUGAGGUAGGGACGGUGAAUGGUGUGGCGCAUGGGUCAUGGUCGUCAGAGGAGACUAAAAUGUCUUCUACUUGGCGGGAACUUUGUGGAGUUUAUAGAGUUUUAAAGUCAUUAAUUGAUGUGCUUGCAAGUCACCGCGUUAAAUGGUUUACAGACAAUCAGGGAGUUUGUAGUGUUAUUAAAAAAGGUUCUAUGAAAAAGGAUCUACAAGAUUUAGCUAUCAAAAUAUUCAAAUUAACAGCGAAAAAUUCAAUUCAUUUAGAAGUUGAAUGGAUUCCGAGAGAAGAAAACGGUUUGGCAGAUUAUUUAUCUAAGAUUGUAGAGACGGAUGACUGGGGAAUUGGUUUAAAUGUAUUUGAAAUGUUGCAAAGUAAAUGGGGCCAUUUAGAUGUAGAUGUUUAACAUAAUGCUAAAGUUUUAACAUUCUUUAGUAGAUUUUGGUGCCCUAAAUCUGCAGGUAUCGAUGCAUUUACAUUUGACUGGAGUAUGUUUUUUGGGCUGUACGUUCCUCCUGUUACUCUAAUUCCCAGAGUUUUGAGUAAAAUGGCGUAUUGUAAAGCGAAAGGCGUUUUGGUUGCGCCAGAAUGGAAAUCGGCUAGUUUUUGGCCGCUUAUAUGUGAUAAUUCUGGCGACUUUAGUGCAUUUGUUAAAGAUUUUAUGUUUUUGCCUACAAAUAAAGAUUCAUAUACACCAUGCAGAAAUGGUGUUGGAAUAUUUGGUACAGAAAACCUGCGGUUAAGAAUGAUUGCUUUUUUCGUUGAGUUUGAAAGGCUCUACUCGUCAUGUGUAAUUUACCAUAUCAUGAAUAAGGUGUUUCCCUAUAUAACUAAUUCUGUUUUUGCCCUAAAUUCAAAAGAGGGAGCACUAGGUUUUCGGGCGCACGAGGUUUUCGUGCAUGGUUAAUGAGUAUGCGCUGAGGUGUACUGCGGUUAUGGCGCUUGCCAUUUUACAGUGACCUGUAACACACAAGGUGUGGGAACGUGCGUGUAAGCACGAUACGAGGUGUCAGUAUCGGCUGUAGUGGUUGUAAUAGAAAUUGGAAUGUAUUUGUCUGUUUUUUAAAUGUGUGUGUUUAUGUUGAAUUUUUUAUUAACACGAAGUUGUCGGUUUACAUAUGUUGUUAAUUUUACUCAUGAAUGAGUAUGCGCUGAUGUGUUCAGCGGUUAAGGCGCUUGUCUUAAUUGAAGCCACAGUGGCUUGUUACACACCAGGUGUAGGAACGUGCAUUUAAGCAAGGUGCGACGUGCCGGUAUCGGUUGUCGUGGUUGUAUUAUAAAUUAAUGCAUUUGUCUGUUGUUGUUGUUUUAAUGAGUGUGUUAAAGUUAAAGUUUUUAUAAACACGAAUUUGUGUGUUUAAAUAUGUUGUUAAUUUUACUCGUGAAUGAGUAUGCGCUGAUGGUUCAGCGGUUAAGGCGCUUGUCUUAAUAGAAGCCACAGUGGCUUGUUACACACCAGGUGUGGGAAUGUGCGUUUAAGCCGGUAUCGGCUGUCGGGUUAUUAAUAUACAUUGGGAUGUAUUAGUUUGUUUUGAAAUUUUUAUUAACAUACAUUUGUGUGUUUACAUCUGUUUUUUCAGAGACAUGCAGAUGACAUAAACGCGCUGCCUGACGUCUUGGUGGGGGGAGUGUCCUUGCUGCCGGAGUUACUCAAAGAAUCAAGAGCUAUGAACACAUCAGAGGCAUACAGAAGGGGGUUUAAAAGGUGGUGUGAUUGGGCUUUGAGUAAUAACUUAACCAGUGAGGAUACUUUUCCCGCCAAGGCGUUUCAUGUGGCUUUAUAUAUGACAUCUUUAAUUCAAACUGCUCAGUCACCAAGUCCUAUUGUGAAUGCUUUUUAUAGUAUAAAGUGGUAUCAUGACUUGUUGGACUUACAAUCACCAACCGAUUCUAAUUUAGUUAAAAAUGUGUUAGAGGCUGCUAAGAGGAGACUAAGCAAACAUUCGAAUAGAAAAGAACCAAUUUCUGUAUCUGUACUUGAACAAGUUUUUCACUGUUUGUAUAAAGAAAAUAAUGUGUUUAAUCAAAGGAUAAUUUGUGCACUGUUACUUUCCUAUGCUGCAUUUUUAAGAAGUAGUGAGUUGUUGAAUUUAAAGAGAUGUGAUAUUAUUAUUUACCCAAUGUAUAUGAGUAUUUGUAUUCAGUCAUCCAAGACCGACAAGUAUCGGGAUGGAGCAUGGGUGCCUUUAGCUAGAACUGGUACUGUUUUAUGCCCAGUAGUUAAUCUUGAAAGAUAUUUUGUGUGGGCUAAGAUACCAAGUGAUUCAGAAUGUUUUGUCUUCUCUCAACUGUCAUAAACAAGAGAAGGUUUUAAACUAAGGCAAUGUGAUAAACAUUUAUCAUACAGCAAUUUAAGAAAACUUUUAAUUGAUGCUAUCAAACCUUUUGUAAGUGAUAUAAAAUGUUAUGGUUUACAUUCAUUGAGAUCGGGUGGAGCCACAGCGGCAGCUAACAUGGGUAUUCCUGACCGUUUGUUUAAGCGUCACGGACGAUGGUCCAGUGAGUCCGCGAAGGAUGGUUAUGUUAAGGAUUCGAUAGAUGACAGGCUAAGGGUGUCUAAGUGUUUAGGUUUGUAAUUGUUAUAAUUAUGUAAAUAUUAAGAACAAUUGUUAUAAUAUUUAUUUGUUGACAAAUAUGUUACGUUUAGUAGCCCGUUCUUUUAAUUCAGCCGGUAUGCGAGUCCCUGCGGCUUGUACCAAAAAAACAGAGUUUUUGUUUGUUUGCUAUAUAGGCAAAGGAGGGAUGUAAGGGAAAUAUAAUUUUCGAUGUUUGAAAUUUAUUGAAUGAGUCGAAAAUUACUUUCCCUUCAGUAUGAAUUUGCCGCUAGAGGCGCUCUAGAAGCACGAGGUUUUCGUGCAUGGUUAAAACGUGGUCAGUUUUCGUCAUUCAGCUUUGGGAACUCGCACGGUAUACAUGUUAUUUUUUCGGCUGGGGUUUACACAAUGGACGACAUGGAGCGAGCCACGUGUUCGGAAGACAUAAAUAACAAUUUAAAGGAAAUUCUGUUUGAAUUAAAGAAACAGCAAGUUGAUAUAACUUCUUUGAAACAGCAAGUUAGUUUACUAGUGUCGUCUAAACAAGACCAUAAUGACAUUAAAUGGAAAUAUGAAGGAAACAAACAGCAAUAUGAUUUCAAUUGUGAUGUCCAUGAAGGAAUCAAGCAAUGCAUGUGGGCAAUUGAAAACCAGAAAAGCGACUACGCAAAGGAAGUUUUAUCGGAGGUUGCCAAGAAAAUUCACACGAGAAAUAAACACAUAAGGAUAGCGGAAACGUCAGAAGGCGGGUGGGAAACUGUCAAACAGUAUGAACAGAACCCCCUCGCGAGUGACUCUGAUGACAAGUCGAGAAUCAAUAGGGCGGAUUCUAAAGCUCUAAAGAAAAAGAAGGUUAAGCAGGCGAAGUUAAAGAAAAAGCCAGCCGUCCUGUAUGGACACUCGGACGCACUCCGUCAGUUGCUUGAGGGACAGGCAGGAACACGUCCGGCGCCGUACCCGUUACCACAGAGGCCCACACCACCGUCGAUUGGUUCUUUUCGUGGCUACUCUGGAUGGGGUCCCCAGCUCGGGCCAUGCUUCGCGUGUGGACAGGUCGGUCACAUCCGGCGGACGUGCCCCACCACCAGAGGGCAGCAAGCGAGCGCUCAGGCCAGGAAGUACUGAUGCCACUGAGGCGAGCCCACCCGUGACCGAAAGUGCUGUAUUUAAAGAUGAGCAUUACAUUCAUGAACAAAAUGACAGAUUUACUAAUGAUUAUUUUAUUUACGAGCAAGGUCAGAAAGACAUUAUUGUUAAAAAUAGAUUGAAAGAACAUAUCCAAUUUUGGAAAAACAUUGGCGCCAAUCAAUUUAUUAUUGAUUCUAUAGAACACGGUUAUAAGAUUCCAUUUUAUUCUUUACCCGAAAGCGUAUUGCUUAAAAACAAUAAAUCAGCACGUGAUAAUAGGGAGUUUGUAAGGAAAGCAAUUACAGAUUUGUUAGAUCGGGAUUUGGUAGAAAAACAGAUGCCCCUCCUCGUGUUGUUAAUCCAAUUUCUGUAUCCAUUCAAAGUAAUGGUAAAAAGCGUCUCAUUUUGGAUCUGAGAUGGGUAAAUAAACACGUAUGAAAACAAUCGGUUAAAUAUGAGGAUUUGAGAUUAGGUUUGAUGUUUGUUAAAGAAGGGGGAUUUAUGAUAAAGUUUGAUAUACAUUCUGCUUACCAUUUUGUGGAUAUAUAUCCUGAACAUACAACUUACCUUGGGUUUUCGUUUGAAGAUGAUCAUGGUGUAGUUAGUUACUUUAGGUUCAAGGUUCUUGCAUUCGGGUUGGGUGUAGCACCUUAUUUUUUCACUAAGCUUACAAGGCCACUUAUAGCACAGUGGAGGGGCGAAGGUAAACGAGUUAUUAUGUUCUUGGAUGAUGGUUUUGGUACACAUGAUAAUUAUGAGCAGACGAAAAAGCUUGCGUCUGAUAUAAAGCAAGAUUUGCUUCUCUCUGGGUUUAUCCCUAAUGUAGAUAAAUGUAUCUGGGAACCAGUACAGGAAAUGGAGUGGCUGGGUGUUAAUAUUAAUAUGAGAGAGUUUUCAAUAAGAAUUCCUGAAAGAAGAAUUAGCAAGGCUAUGAAUACCAUCAAGAGUUUAUUGGGCUCUGUAUAUUUGCCAGUAAGAAAGGUAGCUAGUUUUAUUGGUCAAAUUAUUUCUAUGAGUAUUGUAAUUGGCCCUGUAGCUCAAAUAAUGACUAGAUAUUUGAGUAUCGAUGUUGCGAAAGAGUGCACGUGGAAUGCGUACGUUAAGUUGUCAAUUGAUAGUGAAGAGCAAUUGGCAUUUUGGAGAGAAACGCUCAAUUUGCUUAACAAAAGAUCGCUUGUUGCUACUGGCGCGUGCUCAAAAGUAGUAUACAGUGAUGCAUCUGCUGUGUCUUAUGCCGGAUAUGAGGUAGGGACGGUGAAUGGUGUGGCGCAUGGGUCAUGGUCGUCAGAGGAGACUAAAAUGUCUUCUACUUGGCGGGAACUUUGUGGAGUUUAUAGAGUUUUAAAGUCAUUAAUUGAUGUGCUUGCAAGUCACCGCGUUAAAUGGUUUACAGACAAUCAGGGAGUUUGUAGUGUUAUUAAAAAAGGUUCUAUGAAAAAGGAUCUACAACAUUUAGCUAUCAAAAUAUUCAAAUUAACAGCGAAAAAUUCAAUUCAUUUAGAAGUUGAAUGGAUUCCGAGAGAAGAAAACGGUUUGGCAGAUUAUUUAUCUAAGAUUGUAGAGACGGAUGACUGGGGAAUUGGUUUAAAUGUAUUUGAAAUGUUGCAAAGUAAAUGGGGCCAUUUAGAUGUAGAUGUUUAACAUAAUGCUAAAGUUUUAACAUUCUUUAGUAGAUUUUGGUGCCCUAAAUCUGCAGGUAUCGAUGCAUUUACAUUUGACUGGAGUAUGUUUUUUGGGCUGUACGUUCCUCCUGUUACUCUAAUUCCCAGAGUUUUGAGUAAAAUGGCGUAUUGUAAAGCGAAAGGCGUUUUGGUUGCGCCAGAAUGGAAAUCGGCUAGUUUUUGGCCGCUUAUAUGUGAUAAUUCUGGCGACUUUAGUGCAUUUGUUAAAGAUUUUAUGUUUUUGCCUACAAAUAAAGAUUCAUAUACACCAUGCAGAAAUGGUGUUGGAAUAUUUGGUACAGAAAACUUGCGGUUAAGAAUGAUUGCUUUUUUCGUUGAGUUUCAAAGGCUCUACUCGUCAUGUGUAAUUUACCAUAUCAUGAAUAAGGUGUUUCCCUAUAUAACUAAUUCUGUUUUUGCCCUAAAUUCAAAAGAGGGAGCACUAGGUUUUCGGGAGCACGAGGUUUUCGUGCAUGGUUAAUGAGUAUGCGCUGAGGUGUACUGCGGUUAUGGCGCUUGCCAUUUUACAGUGACCUGUAACACACAAGGUGUGGGAACGUGCGUGUAAGCACGAUACGAGGUGUCAGUAUCGGCUGUAGUGGUUGUAAUAGAAAUUGGAAUGUAUUUGUCUGUUUUUUAAAUGUGUGUGUUUAUGUUGAAUUUUUUAUUAACACGAAGUUGUCGGUUUACAUAUGUUGUUAAUUUUACUCGUGAAUGAGCAUGCGCUGAUGUGUUCAGCGGUUAAGGCGCUUGUCUUAAUUGAAGCCACAGUGGCUUGUUACACACCAGGUGUGGGAAUGUGCGUUUAAGCCGGUAUCGGCUGUCGGGUUAUUAAUAUACAUUGGGAUGUAUUAGUUUGUUUUGAAAUUUUUAUUAACAUUCAUUUGUGUGUUUACAUCUGUUUUUUCAGAGACAUGCAGAUGACAUAAACGCGCUGCCUGACGUCUUGGUGGGGGGGGGGGGGAGUGUCCUUGCUGCCGGAGUUACUCAAAGAAUCAAGAGCUAUGAACACAUCAGAGGCAUACAGAAGGGGGUUUAAAAGGUGGUGUGAUUGGGCUUUGAGUAAUAACUUAACCAGUGAGGAUACUUUUCCCGCCAAGGCGUUUCAUGUGGCUUUAUAUAUGACAUCUUUAAUUCAAACUGCUCAGUCACCAAGUCCUAUUGUGAAUGCUUUUUAUAGUAUAAAGUGGUAUCAUGACUUGUUGGACUUACAAUCACCAAUCGAUUCUAAUUUAGUUAAAAAUGUGUUAGAGGCUGCUAAGAGGAGACUAAGCAAACAUUCGAAUAGAAAAGAACCAAUUUCUGUAUCUGUACUUGAACAAGUUUUUCACUGUUUGUAUAAAGAAAAUAAUGUGUUUAAUCAAAGGAUAAUUUGUGCACUGUUACUUUCCUAUGCUGCAUUUUUAAGAAGAAGUGAGUUGUUGAAUUUAAAGAGAUGUGAUAUUAUUAUUUACCCAAUGUAUAUGAGUAUUUGUAUUCAGUCAUCCAAGACCGACAAGUAUCGGGAUGGAGCAUGGGUGCCUUUAGCUAGAACUGGUACUGUUUUAUGCCCAGUAGUUAAUCUUGAAAGAUAUUUUGUGUGGGCUAAGAUACCAAGUGAUUCAGAAUGUUUUGUCUUCUCUCAACUGUCAUAAACAAAAGAAGGUUUUAAACUAAGGCAAUGUGAUAAACAUUUAUCAUACAGCAAUUUAAGAAAACUUUUAAUUGAUGCUAUCAAACCUUUUGUAAGUGAUAUAAAAUGUUAUGGUUUACAUUCAUUGAGAUCGGGUGGAGCCACAGCGGCAGCUAACAUGGGUAUUCCUGACCGUUUGUUUAAGCGUCACGGACGAUGGUCCAGUGAGUCCGCGAAGGAUGGUUAUGUUAAGGAUUCGAUAGAUGACAGGCUAAGGGUGUCUAAGUGUUUAGGUUUGUAAUUGUUAUAAUUAUGUAAAUAUUAAGAACAAUUGUUAUAAUAUUUAUUUGUUGACAAAUAUGUUACGUUUAGUAGCCCGUUCUUUUAAUUCAGCCGGUAUGCGAGUCCCUGCGGCUUGUACCAAAAAAACAGAGUUUUUGUUUGUUUGCUAUAUAGGCAAAGGAGGGAUGUAAGGGAAAUAUAAUUUUCGAUGUUUGAAAUUUAUUGAAUGAGUCGAAAAUUACUUUCCCUUCAGUAUGAAUUUGCCGCUAGAGGCGCUCUAGAAGCACGAGGUUUUCGUGCAUGGUGAAAACGUGGUCAGUUUUCGUCAUUCAGCUUUGGGAACUCGCACGGUAUACAUGUUAUUUUUUAAAAUAAUGUGUUAAUAUUUCAUAUUAUGGAAAUUAUAUAUGAAAUUGAAUAAUUGAUAUAUGUAUUGAACUAAAUUUACAUAGAAUGUCACUGUAUGAUGACUGUUAGAAAGAUUGUAUUAUGUGAUGUAUGUUUGACGUUUUGAUGAUGGUUAUUAUGUUAAGUAUAAUAAUAAAUGGACAGCCGGUAUGCGAG